CACAAGUCUCUUUAUUUCAUUUUAAGUAAACACAGUGCACUUCAGUGCACCCAGCCACGUGCCUGCCCUGGGGGCGGAGGUGGAAGCAGCCUGGGGUCAUCUCUUCCCACUUCCAGAGCAGCUUGCCACAACUCCAGCAGUUUCAGGGCUGGGCGGAGAGGCUGCCUCUUGAGGACCAAGCUCCAUCUGUCCCACAGCUCAGUCCUGAGCACUGUGGCCACUGCAGCAAGGAUGGAGCUGUGGCUGGUGCCCACGGGCCAGAAGAUGUUGCUCUGGAGCGUGCUGAGCGCUGUCUCCCUGGCCGGAGCCGUCCUGAUCUUGAACCUUCUGCAGAUGCUGGCCAGCUAUGUGCAGAAAUGGCUGCAGCUCAAGGAUGUCCCGACCGUCCGUGGUGGCCUCCCGUUGGUGGGACACGCGCUAUGGUUGAAACCGGACCCGAGCGAAUUCUUUCAGCAGUUAGUUGACUAUGCGGAAGAAUUCCGACACAUGCCACUGGUCAAAUUCUGGCUUGGGCCAGUGCCAAUGGUGGCCCUUUAUAAAGCAGAAAAUGUGGAGGUAAUUUUAACUAGUUCAAGACAAAUUGACAAGUCCUAUCUGUACGAUUUUUUAGCACCAUGGCUUGGCCUAGGACUUCUGACAAGUACUGGGAACAAAUGGCGUGCUCGCAGAAAAAUGUUAACCCCCACUUUCCAUUUUACAAUUCUGGAGAACUUCUUAGAUGUCAUGAACGAACAAGCAAAUAUAUUGGUUAAUAAGCUUGAGAGACAUGUGAACCAGGAAGCGUUUAACUGCUUCCCUUACAUCACGCUGUGUGCCUUAGAUAUCAUCUGUGAAACUGCUAUGGGGAAGAAUAUUGGUGCCCAAAGCAAUGAUGAUUCCGAGUAUGUCCGAGCUAUUUAUAGAAUGAGUGAUAUCUUACUUCGAAGAAUGAAGAGGCCCUGGCUCUGGCUUGAUCAAAUAUUCCUUAUGUUUAAAGAUGGAAAGGAGCAUAAAAGGAGCCUAAUGAUUCUACAUAAUUUUACCAACAAUGUCAUCGCUGAGAAGGCCAGUGAGAUGAAGAAGGAUGAAGAAAGGUCAAGUGACCACAAGGGAGCUGCCUCAAAGAAUAAGCGCAGGGCUUUUCUUGACUUGCUUUUAAAUGUAACUGAUGACCAAGGGAACAAGCUAAGUCAUGAAGAUAUUCGAGAAGAAGUUGACACCUUCAUGUUUGAGGGCCAUGAUACAACUGCAGCUGCAAUGAACUGGUCCUUGUAUCUGCUGGGCUCUUACCCAGAAGUCCAGAGAGAAGUGCACAAGGAGCUGGAGGCAGUGUUUGGAAGGUCUGAGCGUCCUGCUACCUCAGAGGACCUGAAGAAACUUAAAUAUCUGGAAUGUGUCAUUAAGGAGACCCUUCGCCUUUUCCCUUCUGUGCCUCUAUUUGCCAGACACCUUAAUGAAGAUUGUGAAUUUGCGGGCUACAGAAUCGUGAAAGACUCUCAAGUAGUUGUCUUUACUUAUGCACUGCACAGAGACCCCCGCUACUUCCCAGACCCUGAGGAAUUCAAGCCAGAAAGGUUCUUCCCCGAGAACGCCCAGGGACGCCACCCGUAUGCAUUCGUGCCUUUCUCUGCUGGGCCCAGAAACUGUAUAGGUCAAAAAUUUGCCAUGAUGGAAGAAAAGACCAUCCUCUCCUGCAUUCUGAGGCAGUUUUGGGUAGAAUGCAACCAGAAAAGAGAAGAACUCGGCCUGGUAGGAGAUCUGAUUCUUCGUCCAACUAAAGGCAUCUGGAUCAAAUUGAAGAGGAGAUAUGCCAAUGACUCCUAA